AUGGAGGAAGAGUACCGGUUGGAGCACACGAAAAUUCCCGAUCCGUUAACCGGAACCUCGUCAAAUUCUGUAGAUAGCGGCCUUUCUAACACUACUCUCAAUACAUCGGUUUGCUUUUUUGUUUACAAUUGAAGUUUUUGUGCAAAAAAUGAAGGUUUAAAAAUAAAAUUUGCAGCUCCGUUCGGAAAGUGUCGAAAACGAUCCGCUAAUUGUUGAUGAAGCUAUCAGCCUAGAUGAUGACGUCGUUCAGAAAAGUGAUGACGUCACGGAAAACAAUUUCAAACUCUGGAAAGGCACCGAAUAUCUCAAAAGCACUCAGCUUUUCUCAAGUAAAGGUCAGUUUUUUCCGGAAAUUUUCCAAAAAUAAUCAAUAUUAUAACCCUAAUUCAGCUAAUUUGAAGAUCUCCUAACUUGAAAUGAUAAUUUUACAACGAUUGUGGAAUUUACACAUCGAAAUCAAGAGCGAAAUAGUCACAGAUUCCCGACACAACUAGUACGUGCCGCCAUAGCUCAGUCGGUUAGAGCGUGGGUCUAAUAAGCCCAAGGUCGCAGGUUCGACCCCUGCUGGCGGCAAAUCUCUUUUGCUUUUUUCUUGUCCCUACGGUUUUGAAAUUCAAAAUGACUAACCUGAUUUUCAGUGUCGCUGCUUUCGAAUGGAGCGCCAUUGUGCCGAAUAUGCCACACGACGAGUUCAACUCGUCAAAAUCCUUUGAUUUCUCCUUGCCGAUGUUCUGGAACGCUUCUUUAUGUUCAUAAAGGCUGCAUUGUGGUUAUUUAUUUAUUUAUUUUUCAAUACUCAGAGAAAUACUCAUGCUCAGAAAAUCUUGGAUUAGGUGUAAAAGGGUUCACUCACCCUAACAAAUCAAGCUCGUCCUAAGUUCAGAGUUAUUUAGAAAAUUUGAAAAAAAAAACCGAAACAAAAAACUUAACUUUUCUUUGAGGACUUGAAAAAUAAGUCCUCUAGUUUAUUCAUAGUAUCUUCGAGAUUUAAAGACACAACGGUCGAAAUAUUGAAAAAAUCCUUACAUCCUUGACUUAAUUUCCGAAUUGUUUUCACAAAUAUCCGUACUUUGAAAACCGUCCGAGCCUUGCAGAGAUGGCUGGAAAUGUCGACCCGGAAAAUGGUGCCAUCCCCACGUUGCGAGCUCUGCGGAUAUGACUACCGGCGCGGCAAUAUCUUCUCGGUAAGUAUUUCGGCUCAGACGGUUGAGAGCUUGUCUAUCUCUUUAGAGCUUGUUGGUUCGAUCCUUACUGAACAUUUUCAGAUGAGCUCCAUUCAUUUGCCGCACGUCAACAGAUCUUCUUGUAUUCUAAAUGUUCUAUUUAUGAUCGCCUUGGUUAUUAUGGUUAUUUGUGGCACUUUGACGGUCCGUUUCUUGCAAGCCAAUGCAGCUGCCAAGCAAAGAAGGUAUUUUCAAUUUUACUUGUCUUGAAAAUCCUCUUUUUUCUAGCAUUUUCGAGCCGGCAAUCACCUUGGCGCCAACUUAUACUUGGAGAAGACGCGGCUAUUUUGGUGGCGCUUUGAAUGGCGAUCCACCGCAGUUGGAAAUGUUAGAGCAGUGAGUUUCGGAAACAUUUUGAAAAUUAGACCUGCCUCAUCGUUAGAAAAGUUCCUAAAAGGCGCUAUAGUCGCCAUGUGAGUCCCUUUGGGCGCCGCCAUAGCUCACACUAAGAAUAACUGCCGAGAUAAACGCGAGACACUGGCGGUACAUUGACGAGCUCGCAAACAUCUCGCUUUUUUUCUCGCGCCGGUCUCGCAUUUUUCUGGGCGCCAGCUCGCACUUUUCUAGGCGCGAGCUCGCAUUUCUCUCGCAAUUUGAAAAUUUCCGAAAUGCAAGAUAAAUGCGAGAUGGCGCCGAGAAAAAUGCGAGGUCGCGCCGAGAGAAAUGCGGGAUCGCGCCUAGAAAAAAGCGACAUUUUUGCGAGUUAGUCAAUGUACCGCCACCGAGCUCGCGUUUAUCUCGUCAGUUAUUCUUAGUGCAGUCGGUUAGAGCGUGGGUCUAAUAAGCCCAAGGUCGCAGGUUCGACCCCUGCUGGCGGCAAACCUCUUUUUGCUGUUCACUCCUUGCUUUUAGUGCUCUCAAAUCCUUGAAAUAACCACAAAAUAUGCAAUUUUUUAGCCACUACGCCACCUAUCCACCUCUUUCCGAGCUUUUCGAUGCAAACGUGGUCAUUUGUGGAACAAUGUUCAUGACAGCCUUCUUGAUCGCCCUUUUCACUCAAUACAGGUUAGAAUUCCCAAAUAAAAAGGAUCUUUCACCAUUCCAAAUGCGAACAAAAAAUUUUCAGAGCCGAGGCCUCAAUCUUCCGCUGUAUUUUCCGAUUUUUCGUCAUCAACAAAAACUGGAUGAUCCGCAAUUAUGAUAUCAGGUGAGUGGAAUUGAACCAGCGAACUUUUCAUUCAAAUCAAGUUUCUUACCAAGAGAGUCAUUGUUGCAGAGACGAUCCGGAGAUGCAAGCGCGUAGAGAGGCGCGAAUCGCGGAAGAAGGGUCUCGACGCGAAGAAGAAGCCCACAGUAACCCUGAAAAAAGCGUCUGCUGA